AUGCCUUGCAGAGGCCACGAAGACGGAAGACGGUUGGGGACGAGCGCCGGCCGGAGCUGGGAAAGGCACUCCGCCACGCCGGACAGGGUAGCCGGGCAGGGGCGGGCCUGCGGCAGAGGUGGCAGGGGCCGAGGCAGGGGUGGCCGGACACCAGCCGGCAGCCGUGACGCGCUCGCAGAGUCGCAGGAGGGCGGGCGUCGGACGCGGGCGGGGCGCCGCCGCGCCGGGGGCAGCUUGGCGGCUGGCGGCCGGACGCGGAGUCGCUUGGUCGGGUGGGAAAGAAUCAGGGGGACCGUGCUCUCGGAGACGCCGAGCGCCAAGCCGAGGCCCGAGCCCAAGCCCGUCGCCAAUGCCGUCCCCGACGCGGAGGAGCGAGGAGCGGAGAAGGCGAAGAAGCAGGAGUACAGCACCGACGCCGCGGUGAGCGACCUCGGCAGCUGCGUGUCGCUCUCGCUCGCCACCGACGAGCUGUCAGAGGCGGCUUCGGAGUCGUCGGCCGCGACCAGCUCGGUGGCCGGGCCGGAGCGGUCGCCCGGGAGGAAGCCGUCGGCCAGGAGGCGCCCGGUCUCCGCCGAUCUGGGGCCCGCGCGUCGGGACCGCGCCGCGGCGGCCUCCUACGGCGUCCGCUCACGCAGCGCGCGGGCCUCGCCGUCCCCGCCUCCGCCGCGGCACGUGCCCCGGGACCGCUCCGUGAGUCGGUCGCCGUCGCCCGCGGCGAAGCGGCCGUCGACGGAGCACCGUCGCGCCGCCAGCCCAGCCGCGCCCGCGCAGCGGAAGCCGCCUGUCCCGGCAAGGCCGUCCGGUCGCGUGUCGCCGCGGCGCGCCCAGGAGCCGCCGCCUCCUCCCGCCUCGCCACCGCCGCCCUCGCAGCCGGAAGACGACGACGUCACCGUGUCAAGUGAUGAGCACAGCGCCCCGGAGUGGGGGAGGCCGGGAGGGCGGAGGGGAUCUGAGGAUGAGGAUGGGGUGGUAGGGUUUGUAUUGGGCCGACUUGAGCCUUUCCCAGCUGGGCUAAUUUGGGAUUUGGCAUAG